AUGGCCCCCACGCAGAUCUCCAUGCCCCACACCCCCUCCACCCCCAAGACGCCCCGCAAGCACACCCCCAUCCCCUUCACGCCCAAGUGCGCACUCGCGCCUGCUCCUGCUGGUCUCCGCACGCCUCAGUCGCGCCCCUCCCCCCGCGUGCCCAACGCUCCCCGCCGCGCUCGCAUCAGCACCGUCCCCCGACCCCCUGCCUUCGCCGCCUCGCUCGCCGACGCCGCGCAAGCCCAUGCCUUCCAUGCUCGGCUCGCCGAUCCGCAUCCAGAUCUCGAAGCGCCCGAUCAAGCCGCUGCCUGGAGCGCGCCGGCUCUUCGCGGACGAGAUCGACAUGGACCUCUGAGUGUUGAGCCGCCCGCUCCACUCAAAGCUCUCCGAAUCCCCUCCCAGCCCCCCGCACACCUCGAGCUGGCUCGAGACAAGCCCCCGGACACUCCUACCAGCCUCAAAGCUGAGCGCCAACAGCGCAAACAAGCCAACCAGCCUGCCGAACAUUAA